GUCACUAUUGGAGAUGUGUCUUUUAAACUCAAAACACCGAAGAACCCAGAACUUGUUCCACAGAACUACAUGACAGAUUCUUUGGCGCAGUCUGUAGUCCACCAUUUAAGAUGGAUAAUGCAGAAAGAUCUUCUUGGCCAAGAUGUCUUUCUUAUUGGUCCUCCUGGGCCUCUCCGGCGAUCUAUUGCCAUGCAAUAUCUGGAGCUAACAAAGCGGGAAGUUGAAUAUAUCGCACUGUCGAGGGACACCACAGAAACUGACCUCAAACAGAGACGAGAGAUCCGAGAUGGUAGUGCUUUUUAUCUUGAUCAGUGUGCAGUUCGUGCAGCUACCGAAGGCAGAAUCCUUGUGCUGGAAGGUUUGGAGAAGGCUGAGCGGAAUGUCCUGCCAGUGUUAAACAAUUUGCUGGAGAAUAGGGAAAUGCAGCUUGAAGAUGGUCGUUUUCUCAUGUCUGCAGAGCGUUACGACAAACUUCUGCAGGAUCAUACAAAAUCAGAGUUAGAUGCAUGGAAGAUUGUUCGAGUUAGUGAAGAUUUUCGAGUGAUAGCAUUGGGCCUGCCAGUACCUAAAUACUCUGGUAACCCUUUGGAUCCGCCCCUUCGCUCUCGAUUUCAAGCUAGAGAUGUUUAUCAUCUGCCCUUUAAGGACCAUCUUCAGCUAUUAUAUUCAAUUGGAUCAAACAUUUCCACAGAGAGAAUCUCUCAGCUCCUGUCUUUUGCUACAACUCUCUGCUCUCAAGAAUCUUCUACAUUGGGACUUCCAGAUUUUCCUUUAGACAGCUUAUCGGCUGCAGUUCAGAUUUUGGAUUCCUUUCCUAUGAUGUCAGUCCAGCAUGUUAUUGAUCGGCUUUACCCCUAUAAUCUUUUCCUUGGAAAGGAAGGCAGGACUGCAGUCAAAGAUGCAUUAAAACGUUUUGAGCUUCAAGAUUCAGAAAACCACUUGCUUCCCAGAAGGAUUACAAAAGUAGAAAGUGUACAUGGAAACAAACCCUUCAAGGCUGAUGUAACUGUCCAGAUUGGUGAAAAAGAAGUGACAUUCCAGGUUCCAGCUGGGACUGGACCUUUAAAAAAGCAUCCUCGAUCAGAUACUUUCGUAAGGACUUCCAGCCAUAAUCAACUGUUGGCAGAAAUGAUGCAAUCCCAUAUGGUUAAAGAUAUGUGUUUAAUUGGAGGAAAAGGCUGUGGCAAAACAGUUAUUGCUAAGGAGUUUGCUGAUAUAUUGGGAUACAGCACAGAACCGAUCAUGCUGUACCAGGAUAUGACAGCUAGAGAUUUGCUACAGCAAAGAUAUACUCUUCCUAAUGGAGACACUGCUUGGAGACCAUCACCACUUGUUACUGCUGCCCUGGAAGGAAAGCUUGUUAUUCUUGAUGGCAUUCAUCGAAUUAACCCUGGCACUCUAGCUGUACUUCAAAGAUUAAUACAUGACAGAGAACUGACCCUCUAUGACGGCACCAGAUUGUUAAGGGAAGAUAGAUACCAAAACUUAAAAGAAGAAUUGCAGAUCUCUGAUGAGAAACUACAGGAAAGGUCUAUCUUUCCUAUCCAUCCUUCUUUCAGAAUAGUGGUGUUAGCAGAACCUCCUGUCAUUGGGAGUAGUACCCAACAGUGGCUGGGUCCAGAGUUUCUGACUCUGUUUCUUUUUCAUAAUGUUCAAUCUUUAAGCAAGAGUGAAGAAACUGAAGUUAUUCAAGGAAUGAUUCCAAAUGUACCCAGUGUUGCUGUGGAGCAGUUGUUGUCAUUAACACACAAGCUUCGGGAGACAAAUGAUGCCACAGCACAGUCACUGGCUUCGUCUUUAUCUACUCGACAACUAUUACGAAUUUGUCGUCGACUGUCACAACAUCCAGAUGAAAGCCUUUACUAUGCUGUUAAUAAAGCCUGCCUUUCCAGGUAG